AUGGAAGCCGCCACCAAAACUCCGGCAUCCCUCUCUUUGCCCUGGAAAACACGAAUCUUACUUUGGGUUCUCUCCGCCGUAACCGAGGCAGCUAGGAGGAAAGACGGCACCGUCAACCGCCGUCUCAUCAAAUUCUUUGACUAUCGGAGCCCCCCCACGUCCAAACCCAGAAACGGUGUCAAGACAUACGACGUCGUUGUGGAUCCCGCUCGCAAGCUAUGGUUUCGCGUCUUUCUCCCAAUUCAGCACGCCGUUGAAGAUCUCCCUGUCAUUGUCUUCUUUCAUGGCGGUGGAUUCGUAUUCCUCUCCCCCGACAUGAAGUUCUACGACGAUGUGUGCCGCCGGUUUGCCAGAAAACUUCCUGCAAUCAUUGUUUCCGUCGACUACCGUCUUGCACCGGAGCACCCGUAUCCUGCGCAACAUGAUGAUUGCUUUGAUGUGCUGAAAUUUCUGGAUGAUGAUCAGGAAAAUGGUUCGAAAUCUUUACCAGAGAAUGUGAACAUUUCACGCUGCUUUCUCGUCGGAGAUAGCGCUGGCGGAAACCUAGCUCAUCACGUUGCUCAACGAGCCUGCGAAUUCAACUUCCAUCGACUCAAGGUAAUUGGAGUGGUGGCGAUUCAACCAUUCUUUGGAGGAAUGGAGCGAACAGAUUCCGAGAUAGAACUGGAAGGAACGCCUCUGGUGUCGUUGAAGCGGACAGAUUGGUAUUGGAAGUCGUUUAUGCCGGCAGGCGAAGGGUACGACCGUGGCCAUCCGAUCAUCAAUGUGAGUGGGCCAAAGGCGGUGGACAUAUCAAACAUGGAUAUUCCGGCAACGAUGGUGGUUGUGGGUGGGUUCGAUGCUCUAAAGGAUUGGCAGAGAAGGUACUACGAGUGGGUGAAAAAUAGUGGGAAAGAAGUAUACUUGUUGGAAUACCCAAAUAUGUGCCAUGGUUUCUACGUGUUCCCGGAGUUGCCUGAAUCUGACCACCUUAUAUCGGAAGUGAAGGACUUCAUUCAGGGAGUCUUACGUAAGAGGUAG